AUGGCAGAAGCAGAUCCAGGCUUACCAACACAGGCAAUUUGGGAUAUACCAUUUGAGAGUUUAGAAUUCAAUGAAAAAAUUGGCAAAGGAAGUUUUGGUUCAGUAUUUAGAGGAUGUUAUUUAGGUUUAGAUGUUGCAAUUAAAAAAAUUGAAAAAGCUGACGACCCUGAAUAUCUCAAAUAUAUUGAUAGAGAAGUUUCGAUGCUUCAAUCAUUAAGACAUCCAUUCAUUGUUAAUUUCUCAGGUAUUUGUGUUCACUCAAGUGGAUUAUAUAUUGUAACAGAAUUUGUAUCAGGUGGUGAUGUAAGACAACUUUUAAAGAAAACACCACCAAUUGGUUGGGAUAAACGUGUAUCAAUUGCAGUAGAUUUAGCAAAGGCAAUGGUAUUUUUACAUGCCAAGAAAAUUAUUCAUAGAGAUUUAAAAUCAAAAAAUAUUUUGUUGGAUGAAUUUCAAAGAAUCCGUUUAUGUGAUUUCGGUUUUGCUAGAAUGAGCGAACAAACAAAAAAAUCAAGACAUAUGACUAUGUGCGGUACUGAAGGUUGGGUUGCACCAGAAAUUUUAUUGGGUAUGAGUUAUGACACAUCAUGUGAUGUAUUUUCAUAUGGUGUCGUUUUAGCAGAAUUAAUUACUGGAAGAAAACCAGGUGUAGAUUUAUGGGUUAGAUCACCAGAGACAUGUUUUGAUAUUAAUCCAGAAGAAUUAAAACAAAAAUCAAUACCAGGAUGUCCAUCUGAAUUAAUUUCAGUAUGCGUUGAAUGUUGUCUUUAUGAACCAUUAACUAGACCAAAGUUUGAUGAAAUUUUAUCUCAAUUAAAAGUUUGUCAAAAUAACUUAAAGGUAGCAACUGCAGCUGCAGCCGCAGCCGCCGCCGCCGCCGCAGCUGCAGCAGCAGUAGUUUCAACACCAACUAUUCAAACACCAAUUAUUCAAACUCCAAAUAUUUCAUUCUCGCCAAAUAAUAGCAAUAACAAUAACAAUAAUAAUAAUAAUAUUAGUAAUAUCUCACCAGAUAUUACAACAGGUAUUCAACAAAUUAAUUUAUCAUCAUCAGGUGGAAGUAAUAAUUCAUCACCAUCAACACCACCACAAGGAUCGCAAUUAGUAUCAUUAGCACAAUCUAGAAGAAAUACAAUGUCACUUCAUAGGAAAUCUAUGGAAUUGAAUUUGGUUGAUGGUCAAUUAUCAACAACACCACCACCAACCUCACCAAUUCAAUCUAGACCACAUAAACCAAGUGAUUCAAUUUGGAAGAUUGCAGCAAAACCAAAACAUGUUGGAUACCAAACAUUAAAGAGAAAACAAGGACCAUGCUAUGCAGCAUUGACAAGUCAUAUCACAAAGAUGAUUGAACGUGCAACCUCUGAUUACUACUAUGAUACAUCAUACAUUCAAGAUUUCCUAUUGGCAUAUCGUUGUUUUGCACCACCACAACAAAUCUUUGAACUCUUAUUAUCACGUUAUAUCGCCAAUUCACCCGAUAACUUUACCAAUGAUAUCAAUGGUUGGAAAAAGGUACAAAGAGUGAUUCAAUUACGUGUUAUCAUUUUCUUUAAACGUUGGAUCGACUAUUAUCCACAAGAUUUCCUCGAGGAAGCAAUGGAAGAUAAUUUAAAUGAAUUUGAUAAAAUCUCUGCUCAACAAAACUCAAGUACAGCUUUACUUUUAGGUACAACAAUAAGUAAUAAUGAAUUAUUAAUCGAUCCAAAGCUAAUGACUGAAUUACAAAAAAAACGUUCAGAAUUAGAAUUAUUAAUUCAAAUUAAUAGUCCUUCCGAUUUUAUAAAUAAUAAUAAUAAUAAUAAUAAUAACCCUGUAAAUAAUAUAAAUAAUAUAAAUAAUAAUAAUAGUGUAAAUAGUAGUAGUAGUAAUAAUAAUAAUAAUAAUAAUAAUAAUAAUAGUAAUAAUAAUAAUAAUAAUAAUAAUAAUAAUAAUAAUAAUAAUAAUAAUAAUAAUGGAUUAAAUAUAAUAAAUAUUGCGGCAGCAAAUCAAUCAAAAAUGAUGCUUCAAAAUGGUAAUAAUAGAUAUAGUGUAUUGGUAACAUCAAAUGGUAUUGGUAAUGGUGAGGAACCAUAUCCAGUUAGUAUUAUACCACCACCAACUACUAGUGAAUAUUUGGAUGUAAAAGAUAUUCAUAGUACAGAGUUGGCACGUCAAAUUACAAUUAUUAAUAGUUUUUACUUUAAUCGUAUUAAAGCUAGAGAAUUUAUUGAAUAUAUUUGGGAGAAAUGUGGCGAAGAAUCAACAACUACACCAUAUGUUGGUACUUCAUUCGUCGAGGUUGUACCAGCUGAAAACAUUCAUAAAUUCGUUAGAAAAUGUAAUAAUCUCGCUCGUUUCGUUUCAACAGAGAUUUUAAAACAAACUAAACUUCAAAAAAGAGUUGCUACAAUCGAACGUUUCAUUGAGGCCGCAGAGAAAUGUUUGGCCAAUAACGAUUAUGCUGCGGUUUUCUCCAUUGUCGAGCCUUUGGUAGACCAAUCUAUCGAACGUUUGUCAGACACUUGGAGAAACGUUUCCCAAAGAAAUCUUGCCACUUUUGAACAUUUGAAAUCAAUCGUUUCCAAAGAGAAUGAUCAUAAAAAGUAUAGAGAGUUAUUACCAGAUGCUAAACCACCUUGCAUUCCAAAUAUUCAUUUAUUAUUGGACGAAUUAUCUUUUAUUGAAACAAGUUCACCACGUCUUUUACCAGGUGGUAUCGUUAACUUUUUCCAUUAUCGUCAAUUAUCAAGAAAGAUUUUACAAUCUCAACAACUUCAAUCUCAUUGUUUCAGACCAAUUCCUUCAAUUCAAAAGGUUUUAACUAAACCACCUUCUGAAUUAUUCGAUGAUGAAUUAAUUAAAAAUAAUUCAUUAAAAUGUGAACCACCUGUAUCUUUAUAA